AUGGGGUAGUCGCCGCCUCCUUGGGAUGGCGAGUGGAGCAGCGUCAGGGUUGGGUGCUGUCCGGCCCCGAGCACCAGGCCCAGCCUCUGCCAGCGGGCCCAGCCCAGAGCAGGUGCUGGCCGGCUUCAACCGCCUGCGGCAGGAGCAGCGCGGCCUGGCCGGCAAAGGGGCGGAACUGGAGCAGGAGGUUGCGGAGCACGGACUUGUCAUUGACACCCUGGCAGAGGUGGACCCCAGCCGCAAGUGUUACCGCAUGGUGGGGGGUGUACUGGUGGAGCGGACGGUGAAGGAGGUUCUACCAGCGCUGGAGAACAACCGCCAGCAGCUGGUGAAGCUGAUUGAGACGCUGAACGCCCAGAUCCAGAGCAAGGGCCGUGAGCUGACUGAAUACCGGGAGAAGUACAACAUCAGGCUGAUGAACGAGGAAGACCGGUCGACCCGCGAGAACGACUCCAGCGGCAGGACGGGGGGCACGGGGGUGUUGGUGUCCUAGCCGGGCCCCGGUGGGCUCCCCCACCCCCGCUCCCUCCCUGGAGGAGGAGCAGAUUAGGCUCUGGGCCCUUCCGACUGGGGAAGGCACCGCAACAUCGCUCCUGGACACUGGGCUCCUGUCUUGUGUGGCACAGGGACCUAAAUUACUCGGCCCGGGGUUCCUGGCACGGUUCUCCAUUACAUUGUUGUGUUGUAACGUGUGCAUCUGUUAAUGUGCUUAUUAAACUGUGUAGUUGUAA